AGCUGGUUUCGUUUUAAUUACACUUAGAGCUGUGACAACGUCUUCCUGAAUCGAAAUCCCCGUGAGAUUCAGGUGAACCAGUUGCAGAUUAUCAGCCAGUUUCACCACACCGGGAAAUUUCGAGCAGAGCAGACCCGGAGACGGAACUCGCGUUAGCUCCCUUCCUCAGGAUGGAAUCGUGCAAGGAGCUUAUCCGCCUCUCUAGACUUGAUAUUGAAGAGGCUCUGAAGGCUGAUGAUGUCCUUAUUUUUUUUCCUGAAUGGAAACAAGCUUGGAUCGAGAAAAUUCGCAGUUUACCCACACAAACUGAGCAAGCCAGGGAAUUUUUGGAUUUUUUACUUUGUGAGGAUGAGGCGCCUUUUACUACAAGGAGGUUCACCCAGUUCCUCGAUGCAUUGAACAGUGCCAAUUAUCAGCGCCUUGUUCAAUUACUUCGUGGCGAAAAGAUUAAGAAGUUUGAUACUUAUAUGAAGACUCUGAAGAUCUUGCAGCCGGAGAUAGGGAAGCGCCUGGUGAUAGACAUGCCAUUGUUGACAUCAUUACUUGCAAAGGAUGUCAUUACUGAAGAAGAGAAGGAGCAGAUUUGGAGCCAAGUCGAGCACGGGAACAGUCGAAAAGGUCUUGACAUAUUGAUAAGAUGCCUUCCAAGGAGAAUUGAAGACUGGCCAGACAAGUUUAUAGAAGCCCUCACGGAAACAGGGAAUGAAGAAGUAAUGGCGACAUUGUAUGGCAUGGAUGAAACUGAUGAUUAUGCUUUCGAUAAGGAAAGAAUCCGUAAAAAAAACGAGGCGCUGAAGACAAGCGCUAUGCCGGACUACUGUCGUUCUAGAGGCGAUGGAACGGACCAUGAUAGCAGCUUUUCAGAAAAUGAGAGUUCCGACAGCCUGCUCGAUGAGGACCAUCAAACAUGCGUAAAAUCGUUUAACAUCAACAACCUGAGUCAAGGCCAUUCCUUGGAGAAGCGAGAGGACAGCACCUCACAUAGCCAGAGCCCUGGAGGGUUGGGCUCGGACCCCGGGAGUUCCCAGUCAUCGUUUAAUGUAAACUUCGAUUCAUUCCCAGAGGAAUCAGCAGCAGCAAUGGCCAUGGCCAUGAGAUCAGCAGACGACAGCAGUGGAAAAAGUAAGAUGUACGUAAAAGACUUGCAGUUAGAUAUCAAUAUUCGACAACUCGGGGCAGACGGUGAGAGCAAGGAAUACCUUGAAGUUGACUCUGGGCCAAUGGCGAUAUCAUUCACUUCUGAGCCGACCGCGACGUCAUCCCCUUCUGAGCCAACCACAAAUCCCAAGUCCAAAAGAGGUCGUAGUCACAGAGACCACUCAAGAGCCAAUGAGGACGACCAUGAAUUACAAGUUGUGACAUGUUUGCCUGAAUCUUCUGGGCCUCUGCACUACAAAAGACAAGGUCCUGGUUCCAAUAUCCCAAAUGCAUCCCAAAGUCCUCAAAAUAGCAUGCAAACACAUGAUACUGGGUCAGUGGGGCAAAAUCUAGGGAAAGUUGCCCUGAAACAUCAAGUUACCCAGAAUUUGCCUCAGAAAAUGGGGAGCAUGUCCUUGCUAGACCAAGGCACAGCUCGAGGUGACCAAGAGCAGCACUGCCAAUCCAAUGUUCAACAAAAGUCAGAUCAUUGGAACAUUCAAAAUCAGUUGCCAAAUCCACAUGAUAACACUCCAAGUGCAAACUGUCCAUGGAAAGCGCAGUUCAAACCAAAAAGUGGGCCCACACCAACCGCUUCGAAGACUCCCUCCCUCCCUGUGAACCCAGCAGCUGUAAGGAUGCCACAGGCAAAGUAUCCAAAAGAAAAGUUUGAUAAAGUAGUUAAGCCCAAGAAGGAACCACUCCCUAAAACUUCAAAGCCAUACAGAGAGAGCUUUGAUGCAGAAAGGACACCAGGACAGGCUAACGGAUGCACUCCUUUGUUCAAGAAGGAACGCUCACCAAAAGCCCCCGAGUUGGAUGAGGGGAAUUGGACUUUUUACCAUAUGCCCACACCGGGGGAAGAAAGCCGACCUAUGCUUGCUCCAAAGAGAAAGUGUCUGAUAAAUAUGUUAAGCCAAAGAAGGAACCAAAACCUAAAGCUUCAAAGCCAGAUAGAGGGAGCUUUGAUACAGAAAAGACACCAACACAGUCUUUGCCCAAGAUGGAACGCUCACCGAAAGCCCCCGAGUUGGAUGAGGGGAAAUGGACUGUGGACCAUUUGCCCACACAGCCGGGAAGAAGGCCUACCUGUGCUGGCUGCAAAGAGAAGGUGUUUACCAGAGGUGACCUGAACAUCAAAGUCAAGGGUAAGAAAGAGAUCAACAAGAGUUUCACCCCCAUUACUGUCUUCAGGUUCUGUCCUGUGACCAAUUGUCUUCGCACCAUUAGAGAGACGAACUUCCUGCAACCGCUAGAGAAGUUGUAUUUGCCUUCCGAUAUCCAGCUGACGCCUAUGGAAAAAGAAACUCUUGAUCGCCUUAACUUGCCAUACAAGUGAGCAACUCGUCAUCUCCUGAGGCUUCUGACAAUUAUGGUCAAGACAUUCCAUCCCAACACUCAUUUUAUAGCAGCACGAAUGCCUGUGACGGUAUUAAAAAACAUACUUUAGUCAAGAGUUAGAUGCCUAUCAGACAUGCACCUAUUAAAGGGACACUUAUAGGCAGCUGCUAGGUAGGUGAGAUAAAGUUACACACUGUCGACAAUAGGGGUCUCUCCCAUCUGACAUUACGUCAAAACUAUUCACGCUUGUAGAACGAAUAUAUUAAGAGCUGAAUACAACAUGACCCAGUGCCCUUACUGUGCAUAGUAGUCACCCGAAGAUGGCCAAUUUAACCCCACCGUUCCUGCCUAUAGCCCCCCUUUAAGUCAAGACUCCUGAGGCAGUCCACUAUGGUGUGGUUGAUCAAUUUCGCUGUCUGAACUCUUACUGUGAAAUUGAUGGAAAGGCCAAUUGCAUAACCAGGCAAGACAAAGAGGGAUGUUUCUUUUUUAAUGUCCAACAGAUUUGCAUAGAAUAUAAAAAUCCAUUCAUAAACUAUACAUGCAAAUACAUCUACUGUUUUUGCGAUGUUAACAUUUGUUCAUUUUUACCUGAAACAGGAAUCUCUACACAUAUAAUUGAGAGUGCGAAUGAUGUAUGUAUGUAUGUAUAUACCAUAUUUAAAUUUAAGCGCCCUUUUCAGAUUAAAUCCGUUCAAAAAAAUGGUGAAGCUUUUUUACACCCUUUCUUUCAACGUAUGCAAACCAGUGAAACAUUUAUACUUUUUACACCUCACACAGUCACAGGAGAGUUGGUAGAGUGGAGCUAAAAUGCUGGCCAAAACCUCGGCUCUGACUCAGUUUUGGUCUACAUUUUUGCUCCAUCCCGACACAACCAGUGAUUUUCAAUAUACUCCCCCUCGAUAUUUCAAGGCAGGAGUAUCAAAAACCUGAUCUCAGGAUGCCCGUUCGGUACCAAUUCCUUACAAACCAAACGGCUGAAUUCAAAACAAGGCACCCUAGGCUUUCAGUGUAUAACGCACUGUAAACAUCGGUUCAACAUAAAUCUAGAUGUUUUAGAAUUACUUGUAUUUGCAACUUAUUGUUAUGUUUUCUGUAGACUAUUUUCUUGAGGCUCAUAUCACCUUUAAUA